CCCAAAAAAUCCCUCCAUUUCGAGUCUUCUACUCUCCAAGCCCCUUCUGCAAACCCUCGAGAAGUUCUCUUCGUUCCUUCCACUGCCGCUACAGAAGCAGCAUUAUUGUUCGUGCGGUUCAAUUUUGUUCCAAUGUUUGCAGCCAAACAAGGCGAUUCACCAAUUUAUGACCACCCUUCCAAAACUUUCAUCGGCGUUCGCUUCGUCCUCCAUGGAUUCGAUCCCAUCAAUUCCCAAAAGGUUCGAUCCAAGCUUGUUAAUGGCGGCGGGGUUGAUGCGCGUCAGUAUGGUCCCAGUUGCACUCACGUCAUCGUUGACAAGCUUGUUUAUGAUGAUCCAAUAUGCGUGCUGGCUCGGAGAGAUGGGAAGGUUUUAGUCACAGGACUAUGGAUUGACCAUAGUUUCGAUAUUGGCAUGCCUGCUGACCCUACAUCUGUUAUGUACAGACCAUUAAGAGAUUUGGAUGGAAUUCCUGGUGCCAAAUCUUUAAUUGUAUGCUUGACUGGGUAUCAAAGGCAAGAUAGAGAUGAUAUUAUGAUAAUGGUUGGGCUAAUGGGGGCAAGUUUUUCAAAGCCAUUGGUAGCAAACAAAGUUACUCAUCUUAUAUGCUACAAAUUUGAAGGAGAGAAGUUUGAGCUUGCAAAGAAAAUGAAAAGGAUUAAGCUUGUUAAUCAUCGAUGGUUGGAAGACUGUUUGAAGGCUUGGGAAAUUCUUCCAGAAGCUAAUUAUGAUAAAAGUGGCUAUGAAUUGGAAACGAUGGAGGCUGAAGCCAAAGAUUCUGAAGAAGAAGAAGCACAAGAGAUUGGUAAAAAGCAAAAUGGGGAGAGAAAGAUCAAUCUUAGCCCUCAUAAUUUGCAUGUUGGGAUGAUAAGAACCGAUCCAUCUCCCAAAUCAAAAAACAUCUCAAUGAACCUGGUAGCUAAUAGUGCUUCCACAGGUUUACCAAAUGCUCACAAUAAGAAUGAUGCAGUAUUAACUACUGCAGAAAAGGACAAAUCCUUUCCAGCUUUGAAUUUGCAAGGUACUUCUAAGAAGCAACCUGAUGUGCUUAGUUCUCGGGACAGCAGCGCACUAGGAAAUGUUACUUGCGGUGAGACAUCUGAGUUGGCACUUGAAUCACAUGAUAGAAUCAUAGCUCCUGUCAAGUUUGGAAAUGACUUGGAUUUUACAUCUGAAGUGGUGAGAGGUCUCCUCACUCUGAUUCAGACAUGCCAAGUAGUAAAUUACUUGAAAAAUGCACCUAGAAGAAAAACACUUACAAUGUCAUCAGGAGGAAUGGGGAGAAAUUUAAGCAUCCCUAGUAAGGUACUUAUUGAUAAGGUGAAUGCACCUGAGGGUUUUGACAUAUCUUUGUCUGGAGUAGAAAAGGCUAAGGUGGGAACUGAUACUGGAUCUGCCAAAACUCCUGCAAAAGAAGCUCGGUUAAUCAAUGAAGAGGGAAAACAUGGUAUCUUUAUUGAAAAGCGGAAGAUGGAUGUUUCUUAUGAUAGCUCAAAAUUGCAAAAGACGAGUCACAGUCCAAAAGCAUGUGAUUCAGAAAGUCCAUUAUUUUUUAGCAGAACAGGUGCUUCAGAACACAUAGUCUUGAUAAAUGAUGCAUCUGACAUGAGUGCUACUCUGGGUAUAGGACACGACUCUCCUAUCAAUGCUGCAACGACAAGCUUCUCAAGUUAUGAUAGAAAAUCACUGAAAAAGUCUGUCUUAAAUAGUUCCGUCUCAGAGAAUAAGCAAGAGGUAAACUUGGUGGCACCUCAAACAUCUUCAAUUGGAUUUAAAAGUAUGAACUUGGGCAGUGAACAUGGCAUUAAAAAUGUUUUCAAUAAAGCAGAGAAUCCUAUUGGUGAAGUUGGGAAGCCACAGGAGGAAAUGCAAAAUGUCCACGCCCCAUCUCCACAAAUUAAAGGAUUGGAGACUGAUAAAUCCAACAGUCCUAGCAUGGAUUUGUUCAAAGGAAUAAGUACUGCCUCAGUUUCGAAGCCAGUUAGGAGGAAGGUGAUUGCCAAGAAGAGUUUGGGCUGUAAACCAAAUGUGGGUCCUGGUAGUGCUAGAAGUCACAGAGGCCCUAUUUUCCUAAGUGAAACUGCCUUCCGAUCUGAUGCUGCCACCUGUUUAAGUAGUGGGCAGGAGACAACAUCUAGGAGGAUGACUGUUGAACCUGAGAAUGCCAAAAAUUUCCCUCCAACUGCCAAUGACAAUGGGGGUGUUCUAGUGGAGACAGAAAACCUAGAAAAGUUAGGGGAUGAAGUUGUGAAUAAGAUGGCAUCCAUGGAUGAUGAGACUGAAAAUCCAGAGGACAAAGUGGAAAAUGAGUUUGAUGGGGCUGGUGGUGAAGAGAAGCUUAAAGAGGUUAACACAACAAAUGAGAUGAAUAUGGCAACGAAAGACAAAUCAGAGGAUUCUCAGUUGACAACAAGGCAGGCUAAUGCUAACAGUUUGAGACCACACAAUGAUACAGAAAUUUCAAAUGGAGACGAAAAUGGUGCUGAAGUUGAAAAGGAAGCUUCUGGCAGGGAAGAUGUGCUUGCUGAAUCAACAACUUGUGAGGGUGGUGGAAAAUUAGCCAAACAGGAAAAUUUUAAAGUAGGUAAAACUUUGAGAAAGCCUGCUCCUUACAUUACGAAGAGAAAAAAAUCAAAGCAAGUUUUAGGGGAGGAGUCCACAAUAAGAACAAUAAGAAUGAACCAAAUGAUCAAGAAAAAUAUCCAAAUGGCAAAAUCAAGAGAACUAAACUUUUGAGUAAGAAAGGAUUCCAUGGAAAUAGGAAAGGAAAAUAGGCCUGUUGAUAUUGGUGAUAAAAAUGUUAAUCUUGGUGAACAGCAGGUUGGGAAAGUGGCUGUAAAAUCUGGCAGAACACCUAUUAAGGUUGAUCCAAAGGCUUGCAUGAGUGAUCAGGAUUCAAUACCAGAGGAAAGGGUUCUGAAAAUGAAAGCUGAGCCUGCUUGGUUUAUACUAAGUGGCCAUAAGCUACAAAGAAAGGAGUUUCAGCGGGUUAUUAGACAUUUAAAAGGAAGGCUAUGUAGAGAUUCCCAUCAGUGGUCAUACCAGGCUACACACUUUGUAGUUCCAGAUCCUAUACGCAGAACAGAAAAGUUUUUUGCUGCUGCGGCAUCUGGAAGGUGGAUUCUGAAGACUGAUUACUUGACGGAGAGUAAUCAGGCAGGAAGAUUCUUAAGAGAGGAGCCUUUUGAGUGGCACAAGAAUGGUCUAAGUGAAGAUGGUGCAAUCAACUUGGAGGCCCCAAGAAAAUGGCGUCUUUUGAGGGAGAGAACUGGUCAUGGGGCCUUUUAUGGAAUGAGAAUUGUCAUAUAUGGAGAAUGCAUUGCUCCACCUUUGGACACUCUAAAGCGUGUUAUCAAAGCUGGAGAUGGGACAAUAUUAGCAACCUCUCCCCCAUACAGCCGCUUCUUUAAUUCUGGAGUUGAUUUUGCCAUUGUAACCGGCAUGCCACGUGUUGAUAUGUGGGUACAAGAGUUUUUAGGACAUGAGGUGCCAUGUGUUACAGCUGAUUACUUGGUGGAAUACGUCUGCAAGCCCGGUUUUUCACUUGAAAGACAUGUGCAAUACAACACUCAUGCUUGGGCGGAGAAGUCAUUUGCUAACCUUCAGGCUCGGUUGCACGAGGUUGUUGAGUUACAGACAACAUGUAAAGGAAAUGCUGAUGAUGAUUUACAAUGUCAAGUUUGUGGAUCUGCAGACAGAGGAGAGGUAAUGCUAAUUUGUGGUGACGAGGGUGGUUCUACUGGUUGUGGUGUUGGUGUUCAUAUUGAUUGCUGCAACCCUCCAUUGGAACAAGUCCCAGAUGAAGACUGGUUUUGCCCAAAGUGUAGUGAGACCAGAAAUGGAGUUAAUUGUCGUAAGAAAGGGAUCUCUAAGGGCAAAUGAUAUUUGGUGGCAAAUAUUUCCUUGACAGUGGCCUUCUAGGUAAUCGUCCUAUAGCUUCUGUAUCUUUAUUUAGACCCAAUGCUAGUAAAGUUUAUUCAAUGUGUAUUCUUUUCAAUGUGGCUUGACUACACCUAAACCUGUAGAAAUCUGUUCUCAUCCUAUUGAGGAAUAAUUGCAGAGAAGUGAAAAGCUGUAACUGAUUAGACUGAAGCCUAGUAAUUGUCCUAAAUGCUCAACAUUUUGUCCAGAUUAACUGGCUACCCAGUUUGUUU